GAGUGAAGGAGAUGGAAGGAGGAAUAUUGAAGUUUUUGUUGUUCAUUAUAUUAGUUUUUGUUGCAAUAGGACAUACCAAUGGUCAAUUAAGAAAAGGAUUUUACAAGUCGAGUUGUCCACAAGCUGAACAAAUCGUUCAAAACAUCACUUGGAAACGUGUUGCUAGUAAUUCUACGUUGCCUGCUAAGUUGUUGAGGAUGCAUUUUCACGAUUGCUUUGUUAGGGGUUGUGAUGGUUCAGUAUUGAUAGACUCCACAGCAAACAACAGUGCAGAGAAGGCUGCAAUACCAAAUUUAAGCCUUGGAGGUUUUGAUGUGAUUGAUGAAAUAAAGACUGCACUAGAAAACACUUGUCAAGGGGUCGUAUCGUGUGCUGAUAUUUUGACAUUAGCGGCUAGAGACUCCGUUUCUUUCCAAUUUAAGAAACCAAUGUGGGAAGUGGUAACUGGAAGAAGAGAUGGAAGGAUUUCAAAGUCUUCAGAAGCACUCUCUGAAAUCCCAUCACCAUUUUUCAAUUUCACUUCCCUCAAACAGUCUUUUGCCAACAAAAGCCUCACUGUUCAUGAUCUUGUGGUUUUAUCAGGGGGACAUACAAUUGGAGUUGGACAUUGUAAUCUCUUUAGCAACAGGCUAUACAAUUUCACAGGAAAAGGAGAUUCAGAUCCUUCCUUAAAUUCAACAUAUGUAACUUUCUUGAAAACAAAAUGUCAAAGCCUUUUAGACAACACAACAACUGUUGAAAUGGAUCCUGGGAGUUCUUUAACCUUUGACAAUAAUUAUUUCUCUGUCUUAAAACAACAAAAGGGCCUUUUUCAAUCAGAUGCUGCACUUUUGACUAAUAAAGGAGCUAAAAAUAUUGUUGAUGAGAUGCUUAUUGCUGGAAAAUUCUUCACUGAAUUUAGCCAAUCAAUGAAGAGAAUGGGAGCUAUUGGAGUUUUGAUUGGAUCUAAUGGAGAAAUUAGGAAAAAAUGCAAUGUGGUUAAUUAA